AUGGAGAGUCGCCAACCACCACCUGAGCGCUCUAGCUCGAACGACUACAUCGACGAGACACAGUUGUCGUUCAACGAACUCGAGGCGCAGAGAUGGGAUCGCGCGUUGGAGAGCUCACAGCGCGCACUCAACCAGUCGAUGAACUUGCCCGGUUAUCAAGACUUCUGUAACUUCAGCGCACCCAUUCGGGGCCGAGAUUUUCAAGGGAGUCCAGUCUGGUCUGAAGGCAGUAUGAGCGGUGGCCCGGGUGACGACACUUUCCAGUCUCCUUCCAGCGACACUACCGUCAAGAUGGACGAUGGCUGCCGCUUCGGUCAGGUUGGCGAGAUGUAUGCCCGGCGUCCGGCGCUCGAUAUCGCGGUUCCCAGAUCAGAGACGGGUGCUACGAAUGGCUCCGCAUCUUCAGGUUCUGAUAUCUCACCGUUAUCUCAGCGCCAGUCCUUCGCCGGCGUCGCGGUCGAGUCACCUUUUCGUACUGACUUCGGCGGUCCAGUCCACACUCCACCCAGCCACGGCAUAUGGUCUCCUGCGCAGCUGCAGAAAGAAAUUGCGCGAAACUCCGACAACUUCUAUACCCACCCCAGCAUAGCCAAGACUCAAGUUCCCGCCCGUCCGCAGUCAACAUUCCCCAUCCCACGAAACAUGCCUUUCGAGGAGAUGAUCGUACCGCGCGGACCGAAUCUGCACCAGCGAAGACUCGAUGCUAGAGUGUCAAGCUCCCCGGGUAUACCGUCGCCACUCGGUCCUGGACGUAUGCGCGAGCAACUCCACGAGGGAGACGUUGGAGAUGUGUCGCUCUCACCAGCCCCGAACGGCCGUCUCCACACGAGCGAUAAGAUGAAGUACGGGAAGCACAACCCAAGCAACAACGACACGAAGAACGUCUGGCAGAACACCCCGUCUCCACAUUCACCUACCGUGCAACGCUACGCAUCCAGCGGCUCGAUCGACUCGCCCAUGUUCGACGUAUACCCGCGAAGCGCUGAGAUAGACGAAGAAGGAAACUUGACCUUGGGUUGUUCGCCGUACAGUAACGGUUCUGGACAUGCGCGAAAGCACACUGAUCCUUUUGUUGACCAUAAGCCGUUUCAGGUCAGCACUGGGUCUACGACUCGCAUGUGUGGAGUUGGUGCGCCUGGUUGGCCUGUCCCACCGGCUGGCACUCGCCCGCCGUCUGUCCAUCCUAGCAUGUAUGGACGUACUCGGCCGCCUUUCCACAACCCGGCUGGCAUUCAGAUGUGUGGGAGCAACAAUAGGAUUAGCUGGGACCCCCGAUCUCCAGAGUUCGUGGGCAUGGUAUCUGCGGAUCGCUUACGUGCUAGUAACAGUGGCUUCGACACCAGAUCUCAGUCGUUCAACCGCCCGCCGUUUGUGGAUGUUCGGACAUGUGGAACUACGCCUUUCGAUCGCCCGUCUAAUGCGAUUGUGUGUGAAGCUCCUCUAACCAUACCAUCCCCAUCUGAGACUCGCACGAGCAGCGGCUUCAAGCCCUUCGUACCCUCAUCUCAGUCAUUUGGCAAGCCUUUCAUGCCCUCAUCUGAGUCGUUUGGCCAACCGCUCCAUACAUCAUCCACCGCAACAUGGCCCACCUCCGCGCCCGCGACCGCGACAUCCGGCUUCGCCACCCCAGCCUCUACAGAAGACCCUCACUCCGCCCAUGAACCAACUUUCCAAGCCCGUCUACCCCUCCGCUCAAACCUACCCAUCCCACCUCCCCCACUCUCCUCCAUCUCAGGCCAGUACGACCACAGCCCCUCAGCCCGCGCCCGUCUCGACGCCCAGAAGCCCAUCCGCACAGCCUGGAUCCGCUCCGAAGCGUCCAAGAUAGCCCAGCUAGCAAAACUUCGCCACGCAAUGGAGAAGCGGUACGAAGAAACCCGUUCCGAAGCAGACUACUCAGCCUGGCAGACUCUUCAAACAGCGUAUGAAGAUGCGACGAAUCUGGAGAAGAGGCAGGAGGAGAGGCGGAACCUUUUCCUUAGAGAGAAGAAGAUGGAGGCUUUGAAGACUGAUGUUGUUGAGGACAUGUCUGCUGCGAGCCGUAGUGGUAUUGAGGUAAAGGGGGAGGGAGAGGAGAAGUUGCUGGGGUAUAAGAUGGCGCUUAUGGAGCGUGUGUGUGCGGAGGUUAAGCCUGAUGGGGAGGAGGAGGCUAUUACGGGCGAGAUGUUGGCGACGUUGAGUAAGGAGGAGAAGAAGGCUAUUCGGAAGCUGCUCGUUGGUCGUAUGGAGCGCAUGGCUUGA